AUGAAGACGGAACCGCCAGUUCUUGAUACGACCCCAGGCCAGGCGUUUGCGCCGACUUUUGCAGGGGGCGCUACCGAGCCGGUCACGGGCAAAAGGAAACCAUCGCCGGGCGAGGAGAAGAUUGCCGGCGAAACGGAAGAGCAGAACCAGAAGCGCGCGCGCGGCCGCCCGCGAUUAGAUACCAAAGACGAGACCGCCGCUGAUCGACGGAGAACGCAGAUUCGCCUCGCGCAAAGGGCGUACAGGCAUCGCAAGGACAAUGCCAUUACGAAUCUGGAGGAGAGGGUCAAGGAGCUGAAAAAGAACAAUGCUGAUAUGAGUCGCGAGUUUCACAAGUUUCAUGAUCUCGUGCUCACGAACGGCUUGUUGGAUAGCUCGCCAGAGGUUGCCUCCCGGCUCAAGGCCAUCACGGACAACUUUCUCAGACUCAGUGGCAUGAACGCCGGGGAGACGGGCUACAUCUCUCCAGAGGAUGAACGCACGACAGUCGCCGACGGCUUCCGAGGCCCAGGAGAGGCGAGCUCCGGCUCGUCAGCGGGAAUCCAAAGCCCUCAAAAAUCUAUCCCGGGCACAAUAGAAUACAACCAGCAGAUUCCGUCGCCUGCGCAGGCGACGGUAGCAGACUCGAUUGCCUCUUACGAAAUCGUCGCUCAGGCCACACCGGACAACGCCUCGUUUCCGCUCUACACAGCCCUGGAUGUCGUACCCAACCUCGCCGGGUUUGCACCUGCCAGCUCGCCGUUUGCGACAUUGCCUUUUGCCAACUCUUUCUCUUACCACGAGAUCACCUUUGGCCGACGGUUGCAGAGACGGACAACAGAGCGUGGUCUCUACUUGGCGUCGUUGGCGAACCCGCCGCCCGAGAGAUACGCCGCCGUCUUUGGCUUUUCUCUUCUGUUUGAAUCUCGCGAAUCGAUUGCGCAGCGGCUCACACAGCAGUUAGCUAACCUGGUCAUGCCGUUCCAGGACCAAACCAACCCGCAAAAGGGUCCCUUCGAAGAGAAGAUGCAGCAGCGCAUCAGACUGACGUUUGGGUUUGAAAAAGAGUUUUUGAAUACCGAGGAGAUCGAGAUGUAUCUUUGCCAGCUGGGAAUCGUCAUUCCACAGCAAGUCGAAUUCGUGGAUGCGGAGGUGGAUGUCAAUGAACUCACCGAUGUGGUGCCUCCUGUAUUGGGUGGGCAUGGGUCCUUUUCAUCCCUAUCUUCUGGAUUCGAGAACCAGAAUCCACAGGCCCCUGUUCCAAUACCGAUGAACAUGGAUACCAACCAUGCCAUGAUCAACCAAACACAAAUGCCGCCACCCGGCGCUGUUCCCUCUGCUGGCCUGCUACCUUACAUGUAUCCGCCAGGCAUGGGCAAUGCGUGGGGCGCAAAUGCCUGGCAGAAGCCAAAAUUGACCAUCAGCGUGGGCGUCUUAGUAGAAGAACUGGCCUGCCGGGCUGUCUGCAUGGGAAAACAUCCAGGUGUCCGAAUCAAGGAUGUCAAUAAUGCCAUCAAGCUGGCCGCUGGCCUGGUACAAUGA